UCUCUCUCUUCUUUAUGUCUUCUUACAUCUCUCUCUCUCUCUCGAUGACUCAACGUCGACAAAGAAAACGACAGCGGAAGGAAGAGAUCGCCGUUGUUGCAGUGCAUCAGAGGCUCUUUGCCCGGCCAUUUCCAGACGGGUAUGAAGAAGAGCUUCAACACCUUCUCGUAUUCCAGAUACUCAAAGUGGAAAUGGGUUUAAGGGGUAGAAGUGUCUUCUUCUUUGGAAAGCCAGUUUGCCCCCUGCGAAACCCGUCCCCCCUGGGUUUGAUGAAAUCCACGUUGAAGGAUCUAAGUUGCCGAGCCAAGUUCAGGCCGAGAAUGCAGUCCAGCCUUCACGUUGAAGGGUUUAAUUUUGGGCAACCGGGUCAAGUUGAUGUUAACCUUGAUGAAGUUUAUGGAUUAUGCUCUGGGAUGUGUAAUCCAACCCAGCCAACUUAA